CUACUAAAUUUAUAAAUAAACUUGAUGCUAAUCCAACAAAGAUUAUGGAAGAUUAUUCAAGAAAUUGUGGCUGGUUAUCUGGUGAACCUGUCUCAAGCUAUUGGAAGGUUGAUUCUAGCUGGGCUCGUAUGGCAGAACUUUUCGAUGUGCUAGAUAAUGUUAAUAAUGGCAGAUGUGAACACACUAUUGUUAACAAAGACGCAAAUGAAGCUAACGUUAGUAAAGUUGUGUUACAAAAUGAUCUUGAUGAAAAACUUGUAGUACACGAUAGCAUUAUUAUUUUUGAAAAAGUCCUGAUCGUAACAUCUAGUCAAGAUGUACUGGUUAAAGAACUAUCUUUCAAGCAGCUUUCUGAAUCUGAUCAAGAUCUUUUACAGAAUUUUCAUAUUAAGAUUAAUAAACUUGCAAAUAAAUUAUAUACUAUUUGUAAGGAGUAUUUUCCAUCGAUUGAGCUUAUAGGCGUAAGAAAAGAGUGUUAUUGCUGUUAUUAUAAUACUAAAGAUAUUAUAAAAAAAUUCUUAGAAAAAAACAAUAUGAAUCCAGGUAAUGUACUUGAAGAAUUACAGGGGCUUACUAAGAUAGAAGAAAUGUUAAUUGCACAAAUUUUUCCUGUAUUGUCUUCAUAG